UAAAUUUAUUUAUUUAUUUAUUUAUUUAUUUAUUUAUUUAUGACAACUAACAAGCAACUUAGAGGGAGUGAAGCAGUCCUAAUUUAUAUCAGCUUACAUAGGUAGUAUUACCAGAAGUGCAAAGCUGCCAGUAACUCUCUACUUUUCACUCACAAAAGUACAUUAAAUGCAGAAGAGGUAAACAAAAUACACUUUUUUCUGCCAUUUUUCAUGUACAUGUCACUUUUUAAUCUCAUUUGUGAACACAGAAUCAAAAUUUAUUUUAGUUAAAAUUAAAGCAUCGCAUUACAGCAAUAUGUUUCUUUGAGACUUAAAAAUACAUAAAAUACUGAGCUUUAACCAUACUACAUUUUAUACAAAUAUUAUUAAAGCAUAUUUAAUUUCUCGUAUUUUACCUCUGUCUGUCAUCUCAGGUUGACCCUGAAGUGUGACCACUGCACCAGAGCUAGUGCCAGGUCUACUCUCUCCACCUUGUUGUGAAAAAUAGACCACUCAUAUGGGCAGACAUAAUUUUCUAUAUCUGUUAGUACAAUAAGAACUACAUCAUGAUUAUAUAUUUUUAGAAAAAUCCUGAUAAUGAACAUGAUAUUGCCUUUUAUGACUCUUAGCCGGGAAAAGUGUUUGUUGUUGUUGCUGUUGUUUGCCCUGGCUGUAUUUGUAACUUCAACAUUUAAAAUUAAAACAUGGAGGGCUCCCUAAAUGUGUUGUGCAUAAAUUUGGAUAUUUGUCUGCUAAAUUACUUUUAUUAUAACUAUACAGUAGAUAAUGCUAUUCUUUAACAUAUUUAGAGUGCCAACAGUAAUAGUGCUAAUGUUUGCUAGUAGGGAAACUGCGGUUAAAACUUGAAAAGCUAAGUUAGGGAACACAAAGCUACAGUAUUUACAGAUGAGACUGAGCUGCACUUGAAGCCCUGAACAGGUCAGUAAUUUUUCUACAUGUUGCUGCUUCUUUUUUUUGAGGGUUUUCCUUUUGCAUGUCCUUUCCCUCUCUGCUCCACCUGACUGCUUCCUCUCCAUCCUCACUCUGUGCAUUUGAUGGACAUUCACUCAAUUCCAGGGGUUUCAGUACUGCAACGUAAAGUGGGUGUUUCUGGAGGUGUGGCGAAGACACCUCCUUACAAAACAAUUACAGGUCAUCAAACAUGUGCAGAAUUUUUUUUGCGAGGAAAUUCCCAGGAUCAGCGAUGUAAGAUAAAGGACAAAACAGUCAUAUCGGUAACGACUGUUUUGUGUUUUGUUUUUUAAUCCUGUAAAUGAUAAGUUAACUAGGUCUUCAACCUGUCAACUUUGCUCUUUCUUUGUAAAUAAAGGUGAGAAUGAAAGCAUUGAGUUUGUGUUUUAUAAUGGGGCAACAGCAGUGGAAACAAUACUGAGGUUAAACAGAACUAAAGUUCCACCGCAGAUUUUUAGUCUUGCAUGAUAGGACACAUGAUAGAAUUGAUGUAAAGUCAGUAAGACUUUGAGCUUAUUUAAGUGAAACAAGCAUUUCAUGACAAUAAUAUUUUUCAAACAUGAAACCCCUGCCAUCAUAAACAGCUAUCUGAAGAUAUAGCCGUAUGGUUGUAAGAGGGUAUUUGGGCAUGAAAGCCCCGUGAUCAUGGACAUGAAUCUUUAGUUAUAGCAGAAUUAAUGUAAAAGGGUAUUUGGGCACGAAAGCCCCGUGAUCAUGGACAUGAAUCUUUAGUUAUCUGAAUGAAUAUUGAAUAUUUAGUUAUAUGAAACUUUAGCAAGUUACCCUUUUUUUCUACCCAAACACUGGGUUGAGCCUUUGUGGUCAUUUAAUUGGGUUAACUCCUCAGCCCAGCUCCUUGGGUCAAAUCAAUUCAGGUGGAGGUAGCGAAUUUCACACGGUCAGACUAGAGUUAAGACUUAGAGUUAUUAAGAGACACAAGGUUCGUAUCAAUAUAUUUAUCCAUAAAACCAUUGCUGUACACUACAAAAACCAAAAGCGUGCGAUAACAGUCGCGUUUACAUGACAUUAAAUGAACUGCUAUAUUACUCUACAAUGACACGUGUUAACAUCAGAAAUUCCCAGAGCUCCAGUAGUGAGAAUGUUUUGAAUGCCAGUCCAGCCAAAGCUGCAGAAAUGCUGUAAUUUUACACUGAACUGAGUUUAUUUCCACCUCUCUUUCUUUCCCACAGCUGAAGCGUAAGAGAGUUUCUGGAGAACUGCUAAGGUACAAGAACACACUCCUAGACAUAGCUUUUGCGCAGGAGCGUGAGACAGUUUUCCUAUCUGUUUAAACAAAUAGGAGGCACAAAGGACACACUGCUACACAGUGCAGAGAUACUGUUUUCACACACACACAGAUACAGUAACAGCAGCCAUGCCUCGCAUCGAGAACGACAUCAAACUCGACUUCAAGGAUGCUGCUCCGUCCCAAACGCAGCACGCUCAAGUCCUGUAGUGAGGUGGAUCUGAUGCGCAGCUUUACUUUCCGAAACUCAAAAGGCAGUUACAGAGGUAUUCCCAUCAUCGCUGCUAACAUGGACACGGUUGGAACCUUUGAGAUGGCCGUGGCACUGCAUUCGUUCUCACUUUUCACUGCCGUCCACAAACAUUACUGCGUAGAUGACUGGAAAGAGUUUGCAGCGAAGCACCCAGAAUGCCUAGAGAGCGUGGCGGUCGGCACUGGAACAGGCGAGAACGAUUUUGAGAGGCUCGCUGCUAUUUUGGCAGCUGUGCCUCAGAUACAGUACGUUUGUGUCGACGUAGCGAAUGGAUAUUCAGAGCACUUUGUGCAUUUUGUCAAGGACGUGAGGCAGAAGUUCCCUUCACACACCAUCAUGGCUGGAAACAUGGUCACGGGAGAGAUGGUGGAGGAGCUGAUUCUCGCUGGAGCUGACAUCAUUAAAGUGGGCAUCGGUCGAGGCUCAGUGUGUACAACCCGUAAGAAGACAGGUGUGGGCUACCCUCAGCUGAGUGCUGUAAUUGAGUGUGCUGAUGCUGCACAUGGCCUGGGUGGACACAUCAUCUCUGAUGGAGGAUGUACCUGUCCUGGUGAUGUCUCUAAGGCUUUUGGUGCGGGAGCGGAUUUCGUGAUGCUAGGUGGAAUGCUGGCAGGUCACUCUGAGAGUGGGGGUGAGACCAUUGAGAAAAACGGGAAAAAGUACAAACUGUUCUACGGCAUGAGCUCCGAUACAGCCAUGAAGAAGCACGCAGGAGGAGUAGCAGAGUACAGGGCGUCUGAGGGUAAGACAGUGGAGGUGUCCUAUAAAGGGCCAGUGGAGGUCACUGUGAAGGACGUACUGGGUGGCGUUCGCUCCACUUGCACCUACGUGGGAGCUGCGUAGCUGAAGGAGCUGAGUCGCCGUACCACCUUCAUUAGAGUGACUCAGCAACUCAACACUGUGUUUGGAAACAACGACUAACACAUCGCUGUUGCUCAUGAGUGCUGGUCUGGUCUGACAGAUUUACUGCAUUCGAUUAAAAAAAGAGAUAAACUAUGUCAGAUUCAUGCAAAGGCUUAGAAUUUGCACAUCUUUUGUAGUCAUUCUGUAGUAGUCACCUGACAUUCACACACAAAGUGCACACAGUGACAGACCUCACAGCUUUUCCUGCAGCAGUGUUAUGGUUGUGGCUUGCAAGGCUAAGAGAAACUCACCUGCUUAGACUACAUAUAAAGACUUUUAUCAUUUGAACAAUUUUAUCUUUACUAGUAGUGUUUCUUAAAUUUAAUGCUCCAGGAAAUAUUCAAGAUCAUAUAUAAAACCCCAAACUGGACCAAAACUCAGACAGCAAUUGUUGCCAUUCCACUUCAUUUAGUAUAAAUAAUGUCUUAUAAAUAUCCUCUAUGCACUGAUGAAUAAAGCAGACGACUGUCAUCUUGGUACUGCAA